ACCAAAUACCCUCUCACACAUCCAUCCAUCUACCUAAAAGCCGGCAAAAUGACUCUUAUUAAUGACUCCGAUGACCGAUUAACCGGCACUUCCAAGUCUCCAAACCUACAUUACCCCACCAAAUUCUCCGACUCUUUCCUGCCACGUGUCCUUCCUCGGUUACCUAUGUCUUGACGAACACACGCCGUCAAAUUCCCCCUUACCCUCCUUUCCUUUUCCGUCACCCUAAACGGCAAUUUCAAUUCAAUCAAUCAAACCAACAACAUCUUUCUUUCUCUCUCUAAAAAAAACCCUAAUUUUCUCUCUCCUGUUUUCUUCACCACCAGAUCCAUGGACGAAGAUGACGAAACCCGGUCCCACACGUCGAUUGGGAGCGAACCUCAUUCACCGCCUUCACCGCCGUCCGGUCAAAUCACCGUCACCGUUGCGGCGGAACCUCCGUCAACGACACCGUCUUCAACUCCGCAACCGCCGCCUCAAUUGUCGCAGAGUUCGCUUACUCUCGCGCUUCCGAUCCAGCAAUUCCCUCGGCCGCUCGCAAUCGUUGCUCCCGGCGGCGGAAGCGGUGGUAGUGGUGGAGGAGGAGGAGGAGGGAGAGAGGAUUGUUGGAGCGAAGGAGCGACAUCGGUGUUGAUCGACGCGUGGGGGGAGAGGUACAUGGAGUUAAGCAGAGGGAAUCUGAAGCAGAAACAUUGGAAAGAAGUGGCGGAUAUUGUUAGUAGCAGGGAGGAUUUCACCAAGGUUCCCAAGACGGAUAUACAGUGCAAGAAUCGAAUCGAUACGGUCAAGAAGAAGUACAAGGCUGAGAAACAGAAGGUUGCCAGCGGCUGUGGCCCUAGCCGCUGGCCGUUCUUUGACCGCCUUGAUCGGCUUAUUGGUCCUGCCGCUGCAACCCCAAACUCCGCUAAGGGGCCGGGUUCGGGUUUGGGGCCACUAACGACUGCGACAGUCUCCACCGGCGGACCGCCUCCCCACGGGAAGCCGGUCCCCGUUGGAAUUCCGGUAGGGGUUAGACAACAUCAGCAACCCCUACCGCUCCCCUUCCCGCCCCACUACCUACAGACCCCGCCCCAUUUACAGUCUCCCAAUCCGCAAUUACGGCAGCAACAACUGCAGCAGCAACACCGGCAGCACCAAUUGCAGCAGCAGCAGCAAUUGAGACAGAGUCUUCAAUUUACGCCUCCUAGUGGAAUUCCACAGAUGAGAUAUAAUAAUAAUAACAUCAAUACUCCUGCUUCUGGUGCUACUAGUAAUGUUAAUAGGUUACAACAAUUAGAGCAAAUACAAAAGCAUCAGCAACAGUUUAGGAGGGUACCGCCUCCGGUUGAAUCCGAUUCUGAUCCGGAGGAAUGGUCGCAUGAUUCAGGGGAUAGUUUACCACCGGAGAGGACGGGGUUUGAUCGAAGGAAGCGGCCGAGGAUGGAUGGUAACAGGGGAGGCGAAAGGGGGAAGGCAAAGGGUAAGGGCAGGGAUAAGAAAGAGGCUGUGAGGGUGUGGGGGAGCUCGGUGAGGGAUUUAACGAGGGCGAUUAUGAAGUUCGGGGAGGCGUAUGAGGCGGCUGAGAGCGCAAAAUUGCAGCACAUUGUGGAGAUGGAGAUGCAAAGGAUGAAGUUUGCUAAGGAAUUGGAGUUGCAGAGGAUGAAGUUUAUGAUGAAGACUCAACUCGAGCUUUCGCAAUUGAAUGGGAAUAAUAAUGGUAGUAAUAAUAGUGAUAGUAGAGGUGGUGGUGCUGGUGGUGGAAGUGGUGGCGGUGUUGGAGGCGGCGAAAGUAAUCAUAUGAAUCAUCUCCAUGAGAAUCAUAUGAAUCAUGCUAAUAGUGAUAGUAGUAAUUAGUAGUUCAUUGUUGGUAGAUGUAGAGAAAAGCAGAGGACAGGUUAGAUCACAUCUCUUUAUAUUAGUAGUUUGUUGAUGGGCUAAAGAUGAUCAAAGUUUAAGUUUUUAUUUGGUGGGAAAAGAUUUAUUUGCUCUGAUUGAUAUAAUCAUUUGAUUUGAAAAUUAAAAGGGGGGUUAAAGUAUUUUGUAAUUGAUGAUUUUUAUAUGAGAAACUCUAGUUUAUUGUCUA